UUAGAAGGGACAACACCAAAUUGUAUCUACCAUCUGCUAACGAUUUCAUAAGAUAAUAGUACGAGUUUAUAGGAAUUUCUGGAAAGACACCGUGGGCAAAGUGCUGCUUAUUACAUUACUAAUUAAUCCUAAAACAUGUCAGUCAUUCGACAAAAACAUAAAAGUGAGUACCUCUUCAGAGUGUGGGGGAUUGCAAUGCAUUUGGUCAUCCUGUGGGGAGUUCUCGACGCCAAUUUUCAUUCUCCGGUAUUGAGAAAUUUGAGUCCAGUGCCUCCAGUUAAAGAACCUCCAGCAAAACGGUUAUUUUUGUUUGUUGCGGACGGGCUCAGAUACAAAACUUUCGCCAAGUCUACGCCUAAUUUUCUUGGGCCCAGUCGUGGAAAACCGAGAAUGCAUGGCAAGAUGUGGGAAAAGGCGAUGUAUUUUCCACGGCGUGGCUUUCACAAAACUUUUCCAGACGCAGGACCAGAGAUUAUGGAGGAGAUUGCAAACACUUGGUGUAGCAUUGAGAAGAAUUCUCUGUUUGCUUAACCACUCGCGCAUUUAAUUGUAAAAUUAUGUAAUGGUAAAGUGAUGGUAUAUUAACUAAAAGGAUUAGAAUAGACCAUAAUGGUCUAAUUGGGUCGGUAUACUCGUUACUAAAGAAGUCAGGUCUUGGAUACUUCGACUUUCGGGUAUGACAAAAGGCCUGGAGCUCAGAGGUCUAUUCUAUAACCAACUUCCAAUCGCACUCUGUUUCUCCAGAUUUCGUCCAAGCUCUCUCCAAGUCUCUACUUGCUGAGGAGAGUGAUCUCUUGGUUAGUUUCCGUUGUUUUUGUGGUGUCAUUGAUGUCAAGUUAGUCAAACAACUCAUCAUAUCUAAGACUGGACUUCUUGCAACUGCUAGUUACAUGUCUGGAUGACAGAGAUGAGGUAUUAUCUCCCUCGUUCUCGUCGUCAUCCAUUGUCUUAAGUAGGCAUGGGCAACCAUCAUAGGCCAGUACACCGUACGGCUGACCUACUAAUAGCGUACCUCUAUGAAAGUACCUAUAUUGACACUGCUGUGCAUAAAUAUAUUACUGGUACGGUACGCGUACGGUGUACCAGUAUAGUAGUAAUUAGUACCAUAAUGGUACAGCAUUAGGUACUAUACCACGAUUAUACCAGUACGCGCCAUGAAAUACGUACCAAACCCCCCUUCCCUUGGUCUGUAUUAUCAAAAAAAUAAUGAAAAAUUACCAAAAUAUAUGAAAAAUAAUUUUGUUUACAGAACAAUACAUUUUUACAGAAGAUUUCAAAAUGAUAAUUAAACAAUUAAAUAACUUACAACUCUAUAAUUGAUAUGUUAUAAGAAUGCUAGAAUGUUAGAAGAAUGGUAAACUGCGUAUUUUUUUAUUAUUUUUUAGUAAACUUCGUAGAUCCUUUUUGAAACAAUAU